AUGCUUUCCAAGCGUGCUGUCGGCCCAACCCAAUCUUCAGACCCUUUGGCCGUGUGCCCAUUGUUAGAGACCAGCGGAACCCGGUUUGUCAGACUAGCGCCUGCCAAUGACCCGAGUGUCGCGUUGGUGAUACGACCAGCUCCAGCGAGACCGCUUCAGAUUGGCGGAGAGGACAAGCUGUAUAGAGCCCGUGAUGUAGGAGCACGAUUGGGUCCGGAUACCGGUACACACUUCGAGACGUGGAAGGCUUCCAAGAAGACAGGUGCUUGUUCGCAGCUUGGCCUAUACAUUUAG